AAGGUCUAGCAGUAUGUGUUUUUUGCAGUGAGGUCCUCGUGUCUAACGAGGAUGAUCCCGCUACCGAUUCUGAUCGGUCUCCGCUGUCGGGGCCGCAAUGCGCUGGUGAAACAUCCUGGUAGGCAGAAUGUCGCGGGAGAAUGUGGACAAAGACUUCAGGCGAAGCUGUUUCCGACGCAGGUUUCACGGUCUCCUUUUGACCAGCCAGCUAUAGUGCCGCAUCUACGUGGACCCCACUUAAUGUCGGCUUGCCGGUGUUUCGCGAAGAAACGAGUACGAUUGAGCGAGUAUGAUGAGUAUGAACAGAGCACGCAUCCAAGUCGUGUCCCCCUUACGUUUGUGAAUGUUCCCAUCCACCACCAGUCCGCGAGUGAACUAGUGGACACUGUAGUUGUCGCAGGCCGGCUUCGACUGAAGAACCCCAAUUUCUGGCGAAGAUGCACUACAGCGGUCACCGACCUCGUGUGCGGUUUCCGGGUCAGGGAGCUCGUUGCAAUAGUGAAUGCGUACGCGAAGGCCAGAUAUCGUGACGAGCAAUUGUUUAGUUGCCUUGCGAAAGCGAUCGGGCGACAAGUCUCCCAAUGCCGCCCUUCGGACAUUGCUGUUGCCGCUCAGGCGUUUGCGCGGAUGAAUAUCAGAGAAUGUGACUUUAUGGACGUUCUCGGCGGGGAGGCCUCACGCCGUCUCCACGAGAUGGGACCGCGCGGCAUUGCAAUGCUCGCAUGGUCUUACGGGAGAUUAGGGAUCUUCCAUUAUGCGCUGUUUGGGGGUAUCUUCCGUGAACUUUUGGACAAUGUUGACACAUUCUCCAGCCUCGACUUGACGCAGGUCAUCUGGGCGUUCGGCGAACUGAAGGUCAGCGAUGUGGCGGUUCUCUCGCGAAUCUGUGACAAGCUGCAGUCGCAUCUUCCUCAUCAGACACUUUCGGAGUCACUGAUUUGUACGCAUGCAUUACCUAGGAUGCUUUUCUUUGACCAUGAUGUGCUCUCCGAGCUCCGGAGCCUCUAUGUACAGCGACUGCGAGAACUUCCCUUAGCAGAAUUACCUCUGCUUCUCCACACCUUUGCCAGGCUGGAUCGGCAGUGUGCGCCUCAUGAGCGGCCCCCGCCGUCUACCAGACUUCAUCAGCUUCUUGUGAAGGCGAUUCUGAACAACAUUUCUUACUACAAACCAGCGGACAUUGAGCGAACGCGGUCGUCUUUAGCGGCCGCCGAGAUGGCAGACGACUUUCUCGACGAUGUGGUUUCUUCUGUUCUACCCUCGCAAAUACGCGCGAUGACAGUCCAAGACAAGAUUGGUCUCUUGGAGUUCUACAGAUUCUCGGCUGCUCCAAAUUGGACCGCUAUAGCAGAUAUUGUAACGGAGCUGUUCCCUUCAUCUCAUUCCCUUCGCCUGAGAGACUGGCACCGGCAGCAGGUGUCUGAAGAACACACCCUGCGGUGUCUCGAGAGCUUGGCCGCCAUAGGUCACAGAGAAGCGUUUCUGUACGUUCUCCAAUCGUUGAAAGAAGCUGACGACGCGGAGCACAUCUUCACGGGCACGGCGUUUUCGAGUUAUGCUCCGGAAGCAGACAACACAGAACCUCUCGAAGCGUCGGUCGGAAAGAAUGUCCUGAGGGGAGCCGCUUCGCUUGUCAUCCACCGUCUCCUUUGUCAAAUGAUGCCGACUGAAGCGGAGUUCCUAGCGCUUUUGGAGGAAUCCUUCAGUCACCGUUCCGGAUCUGUGUCUGCCGACACAGUCGGACCAGCCGUUAGUCGACUGGAAGAUUGCCGGCGACAAUCACCGAGCCAGGCCGGUGUCUCACCCAGUCCUUCCAGAGGUGCUCGAGGAGAGAGUCGCGGUGCCAGAAAUUCUUUUUCUGAACAUUUAGGCUCCUUCUUGCAGCUGGUACAAGGGGACGCGCUAAGGCCCAACGCAUCCCGUUUCAACUAUAUGGGCCGAACAGUGAAGCAAAACGAGGCUGUCUCAGACACAGCGAGGCAAACAAACACCUUAGUGGCUCAGCCUCCAUCUGGGGCUUCGAAAAACGGACUUCAGGCGCCGCCGCAGAGCUUCUGGACUUUUCAGGACGCUACAGACGUGAAAAGCACUGCUGGUGACGCCGGUCUAGGCACGUCAGAGCCAGGCCGGAUCGAGAUGCAUGCAAAAGAAGCGUCUGAAACGACACACAGCAAUACCGAUUUAUUGGACUCGUCUUCAAUUGAUACGGACACACUGCUAGAACAAAGGAUCGAUGCUUCGUCUGAACUCGACAGCAGCCGCACACAUGCGACCGGGCCUCAGCGCAGUUCGCAGGACGGCGACGGGGAGGGGCGAGGCGGACCUACGGCCUCUUGCAUUGAGAGAACUCCGGGUGCAGAGAGGCUUCGUUUGGACCCAAACAUUUUGAAUUUGGAAUUCUACAACGCACUGAGGCUGGCAGUGACCAAUGCGGAGCCUCACGAUCUUGUUGCCGCACUCAUACGCUUUCCACGGGACCCAGCGCGAGGGCUUUGGAUCCACGAGCUCGUCACUAAGAAGCUCGAAGCGCUCGAGCCCGAGUAUUUGCCGGGCGUGCUUCUGGAGCUGGGAAAGCACUUAAAGCAGAGCGAAGACUUCGAGACAAAUCGUGAGGAAGUAGAAAGCCACCCCGAUACGCAGGGAAGCCAUCUUCCCCUCCUGUCUCCCGAGCAAGUGGAAGCGUAUAUAUCUCGGGUGUUUGAGUGUCUCUUCAGUUCUCUGGAAGCUGUAGAAACAGAAGAGCGAGAAACAUUGCGACAGGAGAGGCAUCCCCAGAGGGACUACCCUCGAUUGACUGCUUUGUCAAACUCUGCUCUGGCUGUCGUCGUGAAGAUGCUCGAAGUCUAUUCCGACCGAGAAACCGCUCAAGGCUACGCCGUUGCAUGCGCUUCCCUUUUCCUGCGGCGACUGGCAACCGCUAAUGGCCACACGAUUUCCCAUAGCGGGACAGAGGAAAGAGCUGAGCGGACUACGGCAGGCGCACGAACCUCCGCUACGCAGGAGCAAGCAACAGCGAAGCAGCUGGCGAGAAUUUUCCACUCUCUCAUUUCCCUCGACGUCCUGCCUUCACAGGGUCUUUGCAUAGAACUCGCUCGCCGCGUCGGACUUCUUUCGUCGCCAGAUCUUUUCACAGUCCUUCGUAAUUUCGCGGCACUGGGAUGUUGCGAUGAGCCCGUCGCCGCCCACCUCUUGUUGGGCCUCAGCGUUCGCAAGUUCCAAAUCAAAAGCUGGAAGAAAAUGAGAGAACUGGAGUUUCUGUGCUCUCGACUCGGCGUGGAUUUGGAGGAUGGUCUGCCAACGGGCGAAGGCGGUCAAGGGAAAGAGCGAGGGGCAUACGCGCCCUCGAUUGCAGAUGCGUUGGGAAGAGAAGAUGACGAAAGUCUAGGCGCGGUGGAGUUGCCAAACGACUCAGAACUUCCAAAGUUAGAAGACGAACUGGACCAGGAAAUCGCUGAGCGAGUGGAAAGACGACAUCGGCAGAAAACGAAUACAUCCCAGUCACUUAAAACAACUGCAGCGCCGUGA